CGAUCGCUGAAUAUUAUCUCCGCUGCCAAUAAGAUUAUACAAAGGGAGGAGCGGUGGGAGCACUUUGCUGGAGAAGCAAGGGACUUGGGAGCUGGCGGCAGCCAGACAAUGCCAGCCCGGAGUGGAGGGAGAGCUUACGGCAGCAGCCACCGCAGAGAUCGGCUUUCAGCGAGCCCAGCCGGAUCUGGGUUUCCCUAGAAGAUCGGCGGAGGAAGAGAACCCGGGGCCUAGAGUUGAGCACAGGGCUGGGAGAGGCUACGCGUUAAAAGCACGGGGGUCUUGCCUAUCGCUUAUUGUGGGUGAUUUCAGACGUGGCAGCCACCGUGGCCGCGCGGACCUAUGAGCCCGGGCGUGGGACCUUUUCGCUGUAUUGUUAGAUAAAGCUGCAUUUUAAUGACUGAGUCCCCGCUGCCGAAGUGGUGACAGACCUCCCGUCACAAUGAACCGCUUCUGUGAAAGAUACUCUCAAAAGCGAUGCAGAAACGUUGAGAUGUAGGCAAAUGGGAGGAGAGAGUGGGAUUCUGAGGAAAGGGAGCUAAGGGAACCUGUGUUUGAUUUGCAAUUAGAAAUCGGAAGGGGACAGGACGGGUCCAGGAAUAGAGUGUGUAAUCGUAAACUUUCUAUUUUGUGGCUAUUUUCUUGUUUUCCACUGUCUGGAAAAUAUACUUUUCACUUGGGCAUAUGGAAGAAUGAAUGGGAAAUCGGCUGACCGAAGUUUUAGGCAUUAUAUUUUUAUGACAUUUGUUAAGACUAAUUGGUUAGUAAAUGUUGGUAAAAAUACACAUCACCAGUAUUGCUCUUUAAUGAGAAGCUAGCUUUACAAGAAUAAAGAAAAGAGUAAAAUCUAUUCUUCCCCUGACAGUUAAGUUAUAUAAACACAGAGAAAUCACUGUCAAUAUUGAUAUUAUGGGGGGGGUUAUCAACUCAGCAGAAUCGUUAGAGCCCUCAGAAAAAUGACAUGGCUAACUAAAAAACUAGUUUGAGUAUCUUAAAUCAUUGCUUUCUUUAAGUGCUAACCAAAUAUUGUUGGGGGUGUCCAGUGGCCGAGGAAGGAAAAUGUCCCUGUAUGACAGCUUAAUAGAGAGCCCUCCGCUGGGGCAUUACUUUCUAAAUUGCUGCGGAUUAAACAGCUGGAGAGCCCACCGAGGACCAUUCAGGCAGGGCUGCCCCCUCUUGCCUAAACAGGGUGGUAUCCGGGGAAGCGAGAAUUCACCAGUCAUUACGCACAGUAUUUCAGGCAGGGGACAUUUCAGACCUGCCCUGUACCUGCUCGCUUCAUGGGCCACAGGCGACUCAAUCCACCCUCAUGUAUAACAAGUGAUGGAGGAUUCGGGCAUCCAGAGAGGCAUCUGGGACGGAGAUGCCAAGGCUGUCCAACAAUGCCUGACGGAUAUUUUCACCAGUGUAUACACAACCUGUGACAUCCCAGAGAACGCCAUCUUCGGUCCGUGUGUGCUGAGCCAUACAUCGCUGUAUGACAGCAUAGCCUUCAUCGCACUCAAGUCCACGGACAAGAGAACGGUACCUUACAUCUUCCGGGUAGACACUUCGGCGGCAAAUGGUUCCUCAGAAGGUCUCAUGUGGCUGCGGCUGGUCCAGUCAGCCAGAGAUAAGGAAGAGCAGAAUCUCGAGGCUUACAUAAAAAACGGACAGCUGUUCUACCGCUCUCUCCGCAGAAUUGCCAAAGAUGAGGAGUUACUAGUUUGGUACGGGAAAGAACUGACUGAGUUGCUCUUGCUCUACCCAUCUAGAUCCCACAAAAUGAACGGGUCGUCCCCUUUCACAUGCCUGGAAUGCAGCCAACGUUUCCAGUUUGAGUUCCCCUACGUGGCGCAUCUGCGAUUCCGCUGCCCCAAGAGACUUCACAACGCUGACGCGAACUCACAGGACGAGCCAAGGGGCGGCUUGGGCACCAAGGACCACGGCGGCGGCGGCGGCAAAGAGCAGCAGCCGCCGCCGCAGCAACAGCAGCAACAGGAGGCAGCGUUGGUCCCGGGCCCCAAGUUCUGCAAAGCCGGGCCCAUACACCACUACCCGGCGCCGUCCCCGGAGGCCGGCAACCCACCGGCCGCCGCCGGGGGCGGCAGCGCCAAGCCGUCCACGGACUUCCACAACCUGGCCCGGGAACUGGAAAACUCCCGCUCCGCGGCCCCGAGCGUCGGCGGCCCCGGCCACCAGGAGGCGGAGCUGAGUCCCGACGGCGUCGCCCCGGGAGGCUGCAAGGGGAAGAGGCGGUUCCCGGAGGAGGCGGCGGCGGCGGCGGAGGGCGGCCGCGCGCGCUUCUCGGAGCGUCCGCUGGCGGCCUCCGAGGACGAGCUGGUGUGCACGCCGCAGCAGUACCGCGCCGCGGGCAGCUACUUCGGCCUGGAGGACAACGGCCGGCUCUUCGCGCCGCCCAGCCCGGAGACGGGCGAGGCGAAACGCAGUGCCUUCGUGGAGGUCAAGAAGGCGGGCCGCGCGGCGGGCUUGCAGGAGGAGGCGGCCGCGGACGGCGCGGGGGGCGCAGCCGAGGACCCCGACGCCGGAGGCGGAGGAGGCGGCGCCGGCUCGGCCACGCCCUCGUCGGGGUCGCCGGGCGGCGCCGAGAAGCUGCUGGCCCCGCGGCCCGGCCGGCUGGAGGGCGGGAGCCCCGCGCGGGGCAGCGCCUUCACCUCGGUGCCGCAGCUGGGGGGCGCGGGGACAUCGGGGGGCUCCGGGGGCGCGGGGGCCGGCCAGGCGGCCUCCCCGGACGAGCGCAAGAGCGCCUUCUCGCAGCCCGCGCGCUCCUUCUCGCAGCUGUCCCCGCUGGUCCUGGGCCAGAAGCUGGGCGCGCUCGAGCCGUGCCACCCGGCCGACGGCGUGGGGCCCACCAGACUCUACCCGGCCGCCGCCGCCGCCGACCCGCUGGCGGUGAAGCUGCAGAGCGCAGCCGCGGACCUGAACGGAGCCUGCGGGCCCCUGGCUGGCGGCGGGGGCGGCGGCGGCGGCGGCGGCCUGCCCAAGCAGAGCCCCUUCCUCUACGCCACCGCCUUCUGGCCCAAGAGCUCGGCCGCUGCUGCUGCCGCGGCUGCGGCGGCGGCGGCCGCGGGGCCCCUGCAGCUGCAGCUGCCCUCGGCGCUCACCCUGCUGCCGCCCUCCUUCACCUCGCUGUGUCUGCCCGCGCAGAACUGGUGCGCCAAGUGCAAUGCCUCCUUCCGCAUGACCUCCGACCUGGUGUACCACAUGCGAUCCCACCACAAAAAGGAGUACGCCAUGGAGCCCCUGGUGAAGCGGCGGCGGGAGGAGAAACUCAAGUGCCCCAUUUGCAAUGAGUCCUUCAGGGAGCGUCACCACCUCUCCAGGCACAUGACCUCGCAUAAUUGAUGUGUAAAAGGACUCCGGUUACUCCGCGCCUGGGCGAGCGCAAGUCAAGCCACCUGCAGGAGCAGACGCGCGAGGACAUCCACCACUUCCUUCUGCCCCCAAACACUCACUGCAACCGAACACGUGCACAUACAGGUCCCUCCCCUCGCCAGGAGCCUCAUCAUCCAAAUGUCUAACUUGGGACACACACACACACACGCGGGACAGGAUUGUGGAUUGUGAAUUGGGUGGGUUGUUUAGAGGGGGUUUUCUUUUGAAUGCACGAGUUUUCACUUUCCCCAAAGCAAAGGUACAUUAAAAAAAAAGUCAUAUAUUGCAACAUAUUGAUGCAUUUGUCAUACGUUUCUACUUAAAUUAUUAAGCUAUUAUGGUUUAGAGGUAAUAAUUAUAUGUAAGGACAAAAUUUAUUUUAGAUAUAAAGUAACGAAGGAAGGUGGGCUGCUUUCUGCAUUUCCUGAUGACAGCUGUGUUCUUACAAAAAUAAACAAAAUGGAUAAAAAGGGGGUCGCCAUUCCGUUUACGUUUGCAGGGGGAAGUGCAUGGAUCAUGAAGUGAUUAUGGAUUCCGGUGAAGAAUGCCAUCAGCUGUGUAAAUAUGUAUUUCCUUUUAAUACAAAGUGUAAUUUUGUGCCAGUGAGAUGGAGUCUGAAUAGUUAUGUGUUUCUUUUAUCCCCAAAAGAUUUAUUAAACUUUAUAGUUUA